AUGAUGCAACAAGAGUAUUAUCAAAAAAUAAUUCAAUUUUAUGGAGAGUACCAACAAAAAGAAAUAGAGUACAACCAAUGGGCAAAAAGUUACAGCGAAUUCCAACAAUACGUAGAUGCUAAAAACAUUGAAAAAAAACAAUUAGAGCAAAGACUAAAAGAACUUAAAGAACAAUACAACUUAUUGAAUAUUCAACAAAUCCCAAUUCGGGAUGAUGUUGAAGUGAAAAAAGCACUAAACCCUUUCAGUACGCUCCUUCAUAAAUGGUAUGGAAUUGACUUUGAUGACUAUGAAAUUUUAUUUCCAAAACAAGAUGAGACAAUAGAAACCAGUAUUAUUAACCUGGACCAUAUCAUGAUUUGUGUUGUAACAACAGAAAAUAAAAUUAUUGGGAUUUAUCUUGAAUCUGAAUUUACAAGUGAAGAAGAAAUGGAGGUAUCGCUAUUCAAUCUCACAUCUUCAAAGUCAUUUCCUUCUAACUCUACUUUCAAAGCAAAGGUAAUAAGUCAAGCCAACUCACUUACCAUUCCGAAUGAACUAGAAAUUAAAGGUAAUGAACUGAAGUUACUCAAUCGAAGAAAUGGAAUUAGUGGAACAAAUAUUAUAGAAACUAUAUCCAUUCUUCGUUUCUCCUAA